AUGCGUAAAUACAUGCAUUUCCAACCACGGGAUUACAAUUCCGAAGCUUCGACCUCACAAAGCUAUUAUCAACCCAAAUAUUCAGCGCCAAAACCUGAGCAUCGGCAGUCGAAUCGGCCUUGUAAGUUUUUAAAAUGAUUUUAAAAUUUAACUAGAGGGCUAUUAAUUUAUAGCCAAACAGAUAUUGUUCUAAAGCAAUUUGCAAUAGAAAAUAAUGUUAAAAGUAGGGGGACAUAGCUGCAAGUUUUUUCUAGAAGGGUGGAAACCAAAAAAGAAUUGGUUUACUAGUAACUGUACGCUCAUUUUUCAAAGUACAGGUUCUAGUGGAAUACCUGUGGAAUUUUUUUUUGGGCGGCUAUUAGGGAGGUGAACCCAUUCCUAUUCCCCUUCCUAAUUUAAAAACAUCUUUAGUCAGGAAGAGUACAAUAUUUUGUAUCUAGGGAAUGAAAAAAAUUGUGAUCUCUACCUGCAAGAUAAAAUAAAUUUUUUUUGAGUUUUACAGGGAGUACCAUGUGCAAUAUUAAAAAAAAAUUUUUUGAAAGAAUAGCUUUUUGGCUCUUUCCUCUUUUUAAAAAAGGUUUUUUAACGUUAAGCGCGGCAUGUUCGUUAUAUUAUAAAAAAUAAAAAAUUUUUUAAAAUUUUUGUUUUUUUUUGCUUAAAUACCUAUUACAACAAAAAAAUUUUUUUUUGUUUUUUUGUUAUCUAAAGACUGGCAAUGCCACUUUUACAAACUAACAGUACAACAACCAAAACAAAAAGUUUUCUAUUGUACUAUAGUAGUACUAAACCCAAACAAUAUUAAUGCAUCAUUAGUACUGAACCUAAACUAUUUUGACACUUUAAAGUAACAAACCCAAACAUUAUUACUCUUUUACUGUACUGAACCUAAACUAUAUUAACCUUCGAGCACUAAACUUAAACUUCAAAGCCCCGACUGAACUUAACUCUCUCAAAAAGCCUUUAAACCAGCCUAAACUCAAGUCUCAAUGCUUGAAGUUACAAACGAACGAAAUUGUGUUUAUAACUGUAAACAAAUUACCUUCGCUUAUGACUCCUAUUGUGUCGUCGCCGGAGGGCAAACUUUAAAAAUUUUUCUUGAGAUUAGUUUUUCCGUUAGAGAUUUGGGCGAAACAUUUAAAUCUCAUUUGGACAAAUUUCGCUGGGCCCAGCUUAUCCCACUUAGCUUUGUACGGAAAUAACCUUUUUUUCGACGACGACAGCCUCGGGGCUUCAUGUUCAUGGAAGGUGAGGUUUGAGGUUAUAUCGUGGUAGGGGUGGCAAUUGAAAUAGUAAAGGUAUUUAUUAAAAGUCAGGGGUAAGUAUAUAUAAAGGUGAGGUUUGAGGUUAUAUUGUGGUCAAGAUAAAAACUAAAAUGGCAAGAGCAAUAAUUAAAAUGGCAGGGGUAAAACUAUAAAGCUGAGGUUUGAGAUUAUCUUUUGGCAAAGGUGGCAUUGUAAAAUUGGGGUGCAAGGUUAAGUAGUGGUAAUGGUAGCGUCUAAAUGGCAAGGGUAACAAUAUUAAAAAGAGGCUUGCAGUCGUAUUUUGGCAAGGGUAAAAUUAUGCUUACUUUUUGCUUAAUGGUAGUUUUAAGGUUUAUAUUAGUGCAUAUUGCACAUGUAAAACAUUCAGGCACAAGCAUGAUAUUGUAGUAACUUUUUGGCAUAAUCACAGUUGGGGUAGAUCUAUCGUUGAUUUUCUUGGCAUGGGGUAAAUAUUAAAGUAUUAGUAUGCUGCGGGUCAAUUUGAGGGUAAUUUUUGGCAUUAGGGUGCAUUAAAGGCUGAUUUUCAGCUAUUUUGAUGCUUUACCCUGCCCUUCUUUUCCCUUUCUUAUCUUACUCUACCCUACCUCGCUUUUUCACAACAAUUUUAAAAUUUUUAAAAAUUUUUUUUAAUUUUGAAAUUUCAAAAAAAUGCCUUAACUACAAAAAUUUCUUAAAAAAUAUUUUUAAAAACAAAAUAUUUAAAAAAUACUAUUAUACAAAACUUCAAAUAAUAAAAAAAAUUGCUCAGUUCCAGCCCAACCCAAUCAGCCUUCAUUGCCCCGCUCUCUGGAAACUUCAGCACGAUAUGCGAGUGAAGCCCGUCUGAAUCCGCCAAAAGCUUCGAGUGCAUCAGUGAUCGUAUUUGCAUUUGCACUAAGUGGGAUCAUUCUAAUAUUCUUAUUGUUUUACUUUUUAUCAAGAAUAUGUUCACCUAAGGCUGACGAUGACAUAAAGGAUGUGGAGUCGAGUCGGAAUGAUUCGAAACAAACUUUUGGCAAGAAAAGCAGUAAGUUUUCGUUAUUUUAAUGAUUUCAAAAGUUUGAAAUACUUAUUUUGCAUUUUUAUCAUAGUUAAAAUACGGGUUUCUUCAUUUGUAACCAGUGAAAAAGUUUUAUUUACACUAUUUUCAAGGCUUAAAAACGACACAACUUUUGCUGACGGGGAUUUUUAUUUUAAAAGUAUAAUAUUAAUAUUGCAAAACGGUUAAAAGAAAGACCUUUGUUCUGCUACUAAAGUAUAAUAUUUUAAUGAAUUAAUCUUUUUCUGGGUUCAAAUUUCUACUAUAAUAUAAUUUACUCUAUGAUACUAAACCCAGCGCAUAUUACCUGCACAGAGAUUAACCACGUUUUUGGCCACCCUGCUUUGAAUUUUAAUCUAAAAACGUUUAAAUUGGCCUUUCGGAGUUUUAAAAAUAGAUUUUUUUUGCAAAAAUGUAAUUCGAUAUUACUACGGUAGCUAUAAUUUUAAAAAUUAAAAAAUUUUUUUUUGUUAUUUUUUCUCCCCCCACCUUUAAACGAUUUUAUUAGCUGUAGAAGUUACAUAUGGCAUAAGCUUUGGCGGUGCGACUUUUGCGGACAAACCUUUGCGGACAGACAGUUGCGGACAAUAUUUCAGUGUCCGCAAAAGUCUGAAAAAAUGACAGAUGCGGACACACAAUGUCCGCAUCUGUCCUUCACGGUCGCAUUUGCGGACAGACACUUGCGGACACUAUUCCUCUGUCCGCAAAAAACAUAAAGAAUGACACUUGCGGACACCAGAAGUCUUGUCGCUGUCCGCAAGUGUCGGAGAUACAGACAUUUGCGGACACUGCACUGCAUAUACUACCCUACCCUAUCCAGCACUACCCUAUCCUACUGUACCGUACCGUUCCGUACCUUAGCCUUUCUACCCUACCCUACACCACCCUACCCCACCCUACCCUACCCUACCGUAUCGUACCCUACCGCACCCUCCCUACCCUACCCUACCUUUCCUACCGUACCGUACCGUACCCUACCGUACGUACCCUACCCUACCCUUCCUACUGUACUGUGCCGUACCCUACCCUACCCUACCCUACCCUACCCUACCCUACCCCCACCCUACCGUACCCUACCCCUACCCUACCCUGCCCUGCCCUGCCCUGCCCUGCUCUGCCCUGCCCUACCCUACCCUACACCACCCUACCGUACCCUACCCUACCCUACCCUACCCUACCCUGCCCUGCCCUGCUCUGCCCUGCCCUACCCGUUCCCACGAAGUGUAAAUCACUCGGGUAGGGUAGGGUAGGAAAGGGAGGGUACGGUAGGGUAGUAAAGGUAAGGUACGGUACAGUAGGAUAGGGUACGGUAGGACUGGAUAGAUAGGGCUAGGGUACGGUAGGGUAGAAAGGGUAGGGUACGGCACGGUACAGUAGGAAAGGUAGAGUAGAGUACGAUACGGUACGGUAGGGUACGAUACGGUAGGGUAGGGUGGUGUAGGGUAGGGUAGAGCAGGGUAGGAAAGGUAGGGUAGGGAGGGUAAGGUACGGCGGGGAGGGCUGGAUAGGUAGGGCUAGGGUACGGUAGGGUGGGGUAGAGUAGAGUAGGGUAGGGCAGGGUAGGGUAAGGUAGGGUAGGGUAGGGUACGGCACAGUACAGUAGGAAGGGUAGGGUAGGGUACGUACGGUAGGGUACGGUACGGUAGGGUAGGAAAGGUAGGGUGGGGUAGGGUAGGGUAGGAAGGCUAGGGUACGGAACGGAACGGUACAGUAGGAUAGGGUAGUGCUGGAUAGGGUAGGGUAGUAUAUGCAGUGCAGUGUCCGCAAGUGUCAUUCUUUAUGUUUUUUGCGGACAGAGGAAUAGUGUCCGCAAAUGUCUGUCCGCAAAUGCGACCGUGAAGGACAGAUGCGGACAUUGUGUGUCCGCAUCUGUCAUUUUUUCAAACUUUUGCGGACACUGAAAUAUUGUCCGCAACUGUCUGUCCGCAAAGGUUUGUCCGCAAGUGUGACCCCGCCAUAAGCUUUAUUUGUUAAGGUGGUAGCUCAUUGACUUAGAUAUAAAUUUAUUUAAUUGUAGAACGGUCGAUCCCUAUUGAUAUUGUUGUAGCUCAGUCUAUUUGCCAUUUUAAACAAGGGGGAUUUGUUAAAAGUAAAUGUAAAUCCUUGCGUCAUUUUGACCAAUUCUGAGGAUUAACCAGUAAAAGUUUGCAAAGAACAUAGCUAGUGUUUUUACAUGGAUAUAUUCAUAAACUGAAAUAUGACGGAACUCUUGUAUAAAAAACUUUCUUAUAAUUAAAAUCGGAAAUACUUUACUCUAUUCUACCUUACCCUACAUUACCCUACCUUACCCUACUCUGCCCUAUCCUAUUCACCGUACCUUGCCCUAAGCUAUUAUAUUUAUAGGUAAUGUAUGUCAGAGAAUAAAAUAAAACUAUUGCUUGCAAGAGGGAUCUCUGUGCUGUCUUUUAUCCUUAUUAUACCAGAGUAUUAAUGCCCAAAAAGUAUCAAUUUCAAAGUCAUCUGGUUUGGUCUACUAUGCUUUCUAUAAUAUAUUUUUUACAGACUCUUUAUAACGAAUCUACAUUUUUUAAACCUUGAAAGACAUAGGAGAUUUACUAAAAUUUUUAGUAUGGCAUUUUAAGACUUUGGCGACACACAUCUUAAUUUUGGAAUAUUAUUGUUAAUAUGUAAAGUAGCAAUUAAAGAGAUGUAAUUUUUGCAAGGAUUUGGCUUCUUAAGGUUUAAAGAUUGAAAUGGAUAUGAUAAGUACUAUGACUGUGACAUCAAAGGUACUAUAUACUUUGUGGUUCUUGUCUUGCAAAAUAAAGGUACUGACUGAGGCGGGCGGGGUAUUUGUGGUCUAAGAGGGGGAGUGGGUAAAAAAUUAAGCUUUUUUUUUAAAAACUUCAAACAAAUCUUUCGUUGCGGGACCAAGCUGGCAACUUGAGGCCUCGGUCUAAGUCACUACUUGCGGGCUUACAUGGGCCAGACCGGGCAAGUUUCCAAAUUUGCGUUAAUUCAAUGGCUAGUUAAAGACGGAACGGGCCUAGUGGCUUCCUUUCAGGUCCAAUUUAAACUCAUCUCUUUGUCAUUCCAUUGACUUUUGUUAGGAUUAGAUUGUCUGUCGCUACGGGAAAUGAUUCAUAACUUUAUUGGACUUCCGUCGUAUUAACUGUAGAUUAGAGUUGUAGUACCUAUUAUGACAUCUUUUGAGCUUUUACCGGGAAUUCAAUGUAAUUAAGGGGUGUUUUACAGUAAAAAACAGUGUUUAUAGUAUUAACAAGUAUAUUACAGGAUUGAAACAAUUAGCAAGUAUAUUACAAUAGAAUAUAACCAUAUGAUAUCUUAUGUGUAACUGUAUACUGACUUAUAAAAAGAAGUUUAUAUUAACUUAUAUAAAGCUUUAUGUCAACCUAUAUACACCUACACUUCAACUAAAUUUUCUAUUUUCAGCCAUUGACAGCCCCCGUCACGUGCUCUACCCCAAACGAAUCUACGAGAUUCAAGCCGAGGAAGGAUAUUAUUCUUCCCUCCCUUCUAUUACUCAAUCCGAAACCUCCACAUGUAAUAGCGUAGUCGUGCUGAAGCCAAGUGGUGGUGUCGACACAAAGAAACGAGUCCAACGAGAACGAAGCUUCAGCUUAUUGUUGAGGAAACUGACAACAGCCUCAGCACCUUUGAAUAUGGACCAAGACGAACAAAUAUGCCAAAUCAAUGCUGUAUAG